GACAACUCCUAAAUCGGAUUACGAGAUAUCUAAUAGAGAGUAGAGUGGUGGAGUUAAAUUAAGUAGGUGAUGCUGAUGCUCCAUCCAAUCUCGCUGCGUUAUAGUUCAAUCCAUUGUACCUGGACAUCUUCUUCUUCUUCUUCUUCCCAUGAAAUGCUUAGACCCUACUUCCUCAAACCCUUGAUUUUUUCCAAAAACAGCGGCUUAAUUUUGGGUAUUUCUCGAAUUCACGGCGUCGGCUGCGCUUCCAGGAUCUCCUCCGCCGGCAUCAUGGUUUCCCCUCUAUCCACCGCCGCAACUACUCAGCAACAAUCUGUUUCAACUCAGGACGGCUCAUCUGAGAAGAUCGCCGCUCCAAAACCUCCCCAGGUUGCAAAACGCUUGGAGAAGUUCAAAACAACAAUUUUCACACAAAUGAGUAGCCUAGCCAUCAAGCACGGUGCUAUUAAUCUCGGACAGGGCUUUCCGAAUUUCGACGGCCCAGAUUUUGUAAAAGAAGCAGCUAUUCAAGCUAUUAGAGAUGGCAACAACCAAUACGCUCGUGGAUAUGGAGUCCCCGACUUGAACUCAGCUGUGGCUCACCGUUUCAAGAAAGACAGUGGACUUACAGUUGACCCCGAGAAGGAAGUUACUGUCACCUCCGGAUGCACGGAAGCAAUAGCUGCAACCAUUUUAGGUUUAAUAAACCCUGGCGAUGAGGUCAUCGUCUUUGCUCCGUUCUACGAUUCCUACGAAGCUACUCUGUCAAUGGCCGGUGCUAAUAUAAAAUGCGUCACACUGAAACCACCAAAUUUUGCUGUCCCGAUUGAUGAACUGAAAUCCCUUGUCUCGAAAAACACCCGUGCAAUCUUGAUGAACACUCCACAUAACCCCACUGGAAAAAUGUUCACCAGACAAGAACUCGACGAAAUUGCUUCAUUGUGCAUUGAAAACGACGUAUUGGUUUUCUCCGAUGAAGUUUAUGACAAGUUGGCUUUUGAGAUGGAUCAUAUUUCGAUUGCUUCUCUUCCAGGUAUGUACGAGAGGACUGUGACGCUUAAUUCUUUGGGGAAGACAUUCUCGUUGACAGGCUGGAAAAUCGGGUGGGCCAUAGCUCCACCACACCUUACGUGGGGAGUGAGACAGGCGCAUUCUUACCUCACUUUUGCUACUUCCACACCGAUGCAAUACGCUGCGGCGGCUGCUCUAAGAGCUCCCGAUUCUUACUAUGAGGAGCUGAGGAGGGAUUACAACUCGAAAAAGAAUAUUCUCGUGGAGGGAUUGAAGUCGGUGGGUUUCACUGUGUACCCGUCGAGCGGGACCUACUUCGUGGUGGUGGAUCAUACAAAGUUUGGGAUGGAAAAUGACGUGGCGUUUUGCGAGUAUCUGAUCAAGGAAGUCGGGGUGGUGGCAAUUCCGACGAGUGUGUUCUAUUUGAAUCCGGAAGAAGGGAAGAAUCUUGUGAGGUUUACUUUCUGCAAAGAUGAAGGGACUCUUAUUAGCGCUGUUGAGAGGAUGAAGGAAAAGCUUUUGAAGAAAUAAUAAUACCCUCUACUUUCUCUUUUAUUUAUUGUUUCAAUAAGUUUUUGUUCUAAUUGCACUUGACGUCAUCGGAUCUGGGGUUUUAUCUGCUUUUGCCUUUUUUCCUAUUUAAAUUGUUAAGGUGGAUUAAA